AUGCCAUUGUAUCCAGAAACACGGACUAGCUGCAAUGAUGGCAAAGAAAUUGCUGACUAUAUAUCAGCAAUCAGUUUGACAUCUAUCUUGAAAAAUAUCCUUAAGAGUGGGCAUUCUUCAGGUAUAAGUGCUGAACUUGGCCCACAUCAAAAGCGUGCAUUGGUUCUUAUGACUUGGUCAGCGGUUGGAAGGGGGGGUGAGGUCAAGUUUCAGAGCUUCAACGAGUGGAACUUUGAUACUGGAUAUGAGGUGUUAGAUAUUAAAUGGACAGAGAUAAAAACGCUCAAGAAGUACUCUCUCCUUAUGGUUCCAGACACACGAUGGCUAUUUGACUUCUAUCAUUGCAUUGGCUGCUAUUUUGCAAUUGAGAAUGGACUCUACCGAAGUGAAAUUGCAAAAAAGAAAGGACACUUGAAUGUUAUGUUUCCUGUUCUAUAUAGCAUCAUGGACUCCCAAGUGGCAAAAAAGAUUGGUCAAAUCCUUAAAAAUCAUCUGCCAAAAGGAACUCCCAAAGAAGUAAAGAACAAAAUCUCUGUAAAGUCACUUCGCUGUGGUGGCAUCACUUUGCUUUCAAGACACCAUGAGAUAUCAGACCCAAGACUCUGCAGCCGGUCAGGACAUUCUAGCGGGAGAAACAGUGAUAGCUACUUGGACAGCAGCGACCUUCUGCUAAGGCUCCCUGGAGCUAUGGCAAUGCAUGGAUACAAGUCUUUGGAUUCCAAGAUAUCGGUGUACUCACUCAAGAUGCUCCCAAUGGAUGCAGUUAAACGGUUCAUUGAUGAAAUUUUCCAUAUCUCAGUUCCAGCUUUUCAGCCAAAAGGAAAACUGUAUGUAGUGACACGCAUUUGUGCUGCUUCCCUGAUAGCUCACCAUAGGCAAGUCACAGCAGAUCUUGGAGCAGGAAACACUAUCUCUAAGUUCCUCUUGGCGGCUGCUCGAAAAGCCAAGAUAGUAGAUGCAAGGUACCCCAAUAUCAAUCCAGAGUUACUACUAGAGAAGUGGUCGGAAGAAGUAUUGGAAAGCUAUGUAGAGUCCAAUGUGGAUUUCACAAAAUCCUCUCCUAGUGCUGUUGGUACUGCACAUGCACUGGAUGAGGUGAAGACUAUGUUGUCAAAGGUUGUUCGGUCCACAAUGUUCCUUGAGGGAGAAUUGAAGCAAACGCGACUAGACAACGCAUGGAAGACAGCUGAAAACUCAGUUCUGUCAGAGCGACUUGGUCAUCUUGAGACACAGCUCAGAGCCUUGCAUAUAGAGCAUCUAAAAACUCAGAAGAAGCUAGCAUUCAUCAAGACACCUGAUCAUGAUAUUGCUGAUAAGAAGAGGAAAAAUGAAGACUUUGAAAUACUAGAUUCUUGUGCACCAUCCUCGCCAAAGAGACUACAUUUUUCAGACAUGAGCAUGGAUGUUUUGGCAGCAUUCACUAGUCCAUCACACACACACCCUCUUGCACUACCAACAACACCACAACAAACAGCCAAGAGAUCUAUCACAACAUCUAUCUCUAGUGGGAACCAUUCAGAUAAGAAACUUGGAGAUGCAGGAGUGACAUUGGCAACUUGUAUCAUGACCCUUCAUCAAAACAAUCGUUUACUUCUUGACAAAAUGUGGAAUUCUAGUGGUAUCAAGGACUAUUUCAAGUAUCCUUCCGAUUGCAAGUACAGCCUAAAUCUGGCCGACUAUGUCAUUACUCAGCAGCAGAAGGCAGUAUUGAAGAGUUCCACCGCCACUCUUCAACAAGUGAUGGACACAGCAGACAAUACCCCGCUUCUGCCUUCUUCAAAGAAUGCAGCAUUUGUAGGAUGA